GCCAACAUCACAGACCGCGACCCUCGUGAACAACACCUCGUGCGCGUUGAGCGCCACAAGACCAUGGAUCUUGACUCUGGCACUAACCGCAUCCGGCGUACUCUCGAGAAGAGCACCUUUGUCCGCGGCCUCCUCAAGGCAAUCGCCGUCAUGUCGGUGUCCAUGGUGAUGGCGGACGGCGUGCUCACGCCGGCACAGUCUGUUCUGGGCGCGGUGCAGGGACUGACUGUCGUGAACCCGGACAUCUCGAACCCGGUCGUGGUGGGAACGACGUGCGCCAUCAUCGUGCUGCUCUUUGCCAUCCAGCCCCUCGGCACCUCCAAGCUUGCGUCGGGAUUCGCACCUAUAGUGAUCCUCUGGCUGGGGUUCAACUUGGGCUUUGGCAUCUACAACCUCAUACACUACGACUGGACGGUGCUCCGGGCCUUCAGCCCCUACUUUGCCAUCAAGUUCUUCGUCGACUACAAGACCGAGGGCUGGAGGAUGCUGGGCGGCGUCCUGCUCGCCUUCACCGGUGUCGAGGCCCUGUUUGCCGACCUGGGCGCCUUUAGUCUCGGCGCUAUCCGACUCAGCUGGCUGACUUACACAUACCCAUGCCUGCUGAUCGGCUACUCGGGCCAGGCGGCCUUCCUCAGCGUGAAGCCCGAGGCCUUCUCGAACCCCUUCUACAACACGGUGCCGCCGGGGAUGCUGUACCCCAGCCUCAUACUCGCGGUGCUCGCGGCCAUCGUGGCCAGCCAGGCCAUCAUCACGGCGACGUUCCAGCUCGUCAGCCAGCUCAUGAAGCUCUCGUACUGCCCACAGGUCAAGAUCGUGCACACGUCGAGCACCUUCCACGGCCAAGUCUACGUGCCCUUCCUCAACUGGCUGCUCAUGGCCGGCGCCGUGCUGGUGACGGCCGUCUACCGCGACACGACGAGGCUGGGCAACGCCUAUGGCGUCUGCGUCAUGUUUGUCACCUUCUUCGACACGUGCAUGGUGACGCUGGUGGCACUCAUCGUCUGGCGCAUCAACCCUUUCUUCGUCUUCCUGCCCUGGCUCAUGUUCUCCACGCUCGACGGCCUGUUCCUGAGCUCGUCGCUCAUCAAGGUCCCCGAGGGCGCCUGGCUCACGCUGCUCGUCAGUGGCCUGCUGGCCGCGCUCUUUUUGCUCUGGAGGUUCGGCAAGGAGAACCAGUGGCGCGCCGAGGCCGAGGACCGCUUCAGGCCCGGGACGCUGGUGACCGUCGAGCCCAGCCGCAAGCUCGACGCGGACGACGACAAGACGGCCGUAGACGUCAGCUCCGUCAACUCGCAGGACCAGUCACCACUGGCGGCGGGGGGAGCAGCAGCAGCAGCAGCAGCAGCAGCGAGCAUCGGGUCCGCGACGCUUCGACUCACCGACAAGUGGGGCGGCGACCAGCUCUCGCGCAUCAAGGGCAUGGGCAUCUUCUUCGACAAGACGGGCAUCAUGACCCCGACCGUCUUCACGCAGUUCGUGACCAAGCUCGUCGCCGUGCCGGACGUCAUGGUCUUCUUCCACCUGCACCCGGUCGAGACGCCCACGGUCCCGGACCACCAGCGCUACGUGGUCUCGCGCUUCCGCGGCAUCCCGGGCUGCUACCGCGUCGUGGUCCGCCACGGCUUCAUGGACGAGGUCAUCAGCCCGGACCUGGCCGGGCUGGUCUACGAGCAGGUGCGGGCGUUUGUGGCCGCGGGCGGCGUGGAGCGCGGCGCCGGCGACAGCGCAGAGUGGGCCGUCGCUACGGGCGCCGCCGUCGAGGCCGUCGCGGCCGCCACGGGAGAUGCGCGUCGGGACGCCGGGCCGGAGGCCGACGGCGCCUCCGUCGACGACGAAAAGGCCAUGAGGAAGCGCAGAAGCCUGCCGCCGCUGGAUACUACUACGGCCGCCGCCGCCGCCGCCCUCGGCCCCGGUGCGGUCUCGGCUGCGAUGGCGGGCGCCGCGGACAGGAACGUGCGCAUCGUGGCGGAGCUGGAGAGGGUCGACCGCGCGUACGCGGCCAAGGUCAUGUACGUGGUCGGCAAGGGCCAGAUGAGGGUCCGGGCCGAGACGGGCUGGUUCAGGGCCACGGUGCUGAGCACCUUUUUGUGGAUCCGGGAGAACACGCGGGCCAAGAUUGCGAACUUGAGGCUGUCGAUGGACAGGGUUGUCGAGGUUGGGUUCGUCAAGGAUAUAUGA